GCUUGUUUCCGCCUACCAUCCUCCCACGGUUUAAACUCAGAAACAUUUCCGCUGCAGCGAAGUUGCCAAUAAUUUCGCCAUGACUCACAAUAAAGAAGAUCAUGUCCCUCAAGCAUACAAGUAUGCGUGGUACGAGGACUCCCCAGCGAUGCCCCUGCACGAGUUUUUGAAUAAAUUCAAACCUUCUAUGGUCCAGAACGACGGAACAAAACCAUGGUUAUGGGUGAGAAGCUCUAGGCUCAAUCCUACAUCGGUGGAAAAGGAGAUACUUGCCUUGGGGGAGGCUGCGGAAGUUUUGAAAACAGUUACGGAAACAAUUGAAAGUGUGAAGAAUGACGAAUCAAUACCGCUCAGAUCGAACAAGAAGACUGGAGCGAAGUCGAAAAAGGAAGUCCGAGAGCAGUUGCAAGCUGAGGCAGCUGAUCAAUUCAAACAGAUCGCCCAAAAAUAUGGUUAUGUUGGGGGCAAAUGGUUGAUAUUUGCUCCUCAUGACAAGGUAGACCUGAUAUGGUCGAAUCUCGCCAAAUCCUUGAUCGAAGGGCCUCUGGCAGUAACGAAUGCCUAUGUAACGAAGGUCUCCACUUCACCUGAAAACGAUAUUCCAAACUACCAACAUGUUAUUUGCAUGUACGUACCCGACGUUUACGACAAGAACUCGGUUACCGAAGUCAUGAAGGUUUUGUUACGAAAUCAUGGGUGUACCCUUUCUGGGGUUAAAUCAGACAUGUAUACCUGUCUUGGUAUCGACAGUAAACACCCGAGUGGGAUGCAGUCAACGAUAUGGAAGAAUUCGGCACUCAUGCAAGACUCGGAUUCCAAGGCACUCAGAGACGAGUUUUACGCGGAACUCCGGGCGCCCAAAGCCACUGAUCCUUCUCCAACGACAUCGACUGCCCCAGAUGCUGCUAAACCAAAGAACAGGUUGGUCAAGAAGAAGCAAGGGAAUGAUGAUCCUUUUGCUUCUGAUGAUGAGGAUGGAAAUGAAGUACAAAGAUCGGGGGGAAAUAACAAACGGCCAAAAGAAGUAGAUGACGAAGACGAACCGCCCAAAAAGAAGGCGCAAAAAAAGAAGUAAUCUCGGCACAGUGACCAGAUGCAUCUUAUUGAAAUGAUAGUGAUAAAUGAUUGGUGUCAAAGGCAGAAAUACGUCAAGCGCUCGUUCCAAAAUACUUGAAGGUCCCCAUGAACCUAAAUCGAAGUUUUCCUUUUUUUAUUGAAAUCAUCCUCCACCCCCUCAGGACGAGGCCGCUUGAAAA